GGUGGGGGGGUUGGGCCGGAACCGAAGUCAGAGCAGGAGCCGAAGCAGGAGCGAGAAGUGGCCUUAGCCGGAGUGGCCGGGAGCGGCCAAGGCGAUGAACUGGGCCUGGCGAACAAGGCGCCAUCACAGUCAGGUGGGCCGGAGCCAGGGACGCCUGGGCUCCUUUCCCGCGUCCUGCCUCAUCUCACCCCGACCGGCCCGGGCCUUGCUCCCCGGACGCGGACGCGCACAGCCGGCCCUCUCCUACCCCCCAGGCCGCGGGGCGCUGGAGGAUUAUGGGCCCCAGAUUAGGGGGGUUCGGGCGGGGAAGACCCCGGGACCCCCUCCAGACUCCGCCCAGGGCGGCACAGAACUCUUGGUCCGAGCCCGCUGGGAGCACCCUCCUCUCUUCCGGGGCACCUCCAACACGGACCCCGAGUAGUGGCAUCUGAAAAUUGAGACCAGGCUGAAGGAACUACCCUCUUCACUCCAUGUUGACCUCUCCCUCAGGCUGGCGCCAUGCCCCCCCCUGCAGAGGUGACAGACCCGUCCCAUGCCCCAGCUGUGCUGCACCAACUCAAUGAACAGCGUCUCCGUGGCCUCUUUUGUGACGUCACCCUCAUUGCUGGAGACACCAAAUUCCCUGCUCAUCGAAGCGUCCUGGCUGCCUCUAGCCCCUUCUUCAGAGAGGCCUUACUAGCCCAAGCCCCGUCACCACUGCCACCUGUGACAAGGGACCCUGCCCCCAACCCUUCUACUUCUUCUGCUUCCUCUUCCUCCUCUUCCUCUUCCUCUUCCUCCUCUUCCUCUUCCUUUUCCUCUUCCUCUUCCUCUUCCUUUUCUUCUUCCUCCUCCUCUUCUUCCUCUCCCCCUCCACUUUCCUCCUCUCCUACAGUCUCCCACCCACCCCGGGUUCUAGAGUUGCCAGGAGUCCCAGCAGCUGCCUUCUCUGACGUCCUCAAUUUUAUCUAUAGUGCCCGAUUGGCAUUGCCUGGUGGUGGUGGGGACGGAGCAGCUAUGGCAGAAAUUGGGGCUUUGGGUCGGCGUCUGGGUAUCUCACGACUUCAGGGUCUUAGUGAAAGUGGGGAUGCUUGGGUUCCCCCAGCCCCAGCACCCCCAGCCCCAGUCGAGAUUGAUAGCUUUACCACUGGGCCUUCGAAGGAGUGGCAAGGGAGUGGAAAUGAAGUCUCUACAGUUCAGACUUCCCUUCCCCGGCGGUCUCUUCCCUGCCCUCGCUGUGGGAAAAGUUUUAUCCAUGCUAAACGACUGCAGACACAUGAGGCACAGUGUAGGCGAGGGACAGGGACCCGGGGAACAGUAAGUGGGCAAGGGAAUGGGGGGUCCCAGGAAGAGAACCCAGAAGGGAUCCGAAAUUCAUCUGCUUCCCCCAGUACAAGUUUCCGGGGGGGUCCAGAGCAUGUGGUAAAGGUGGUGGGGGGUCAUGUGCUAUAUGUAUGUGGGGCUUGUGAACGCUCCUAUGUGACACUCUCAAGUCUGAAGCGGCAUAGUAAUGUGCACUCGUGGCGGAGAAAAUAUCCUUGCCGCUACUGUGAAAAGGUGUUUGCCCUGGCUGAAUACCGGACCAAGCAUGAGGUGUGGCACACUGGGGAACGGAGGUACCAGUGCAUCUUCUGCUGGGAGACCUUUGUCACCUACUACAAUUUGAAGACACACCAGCGAGCCUUCCAUGGUAUCAGCCCAGGCCUCUUGGCUAGUGAGAAGACCCCAAAUGGUGGCUACAAACCCAAGCUGAACACCCUCAAGCUAUACCGCCUUCUUCCUAUGCGAUCUGCCAAGAGACCCUAUAAGACUUAUAGCCAAGGGGCACCCCCUGCCCCUGUUUCUGCCCCUUUGUCACCAGAACCCACACCAUCUGCAUCAACUAUCCCCCCACUCCUCCCCACAACACCACCCCCACCACCUGUCCCUCCUCCACCUCCCACCCCUGCCCCUCCACCUUCUGUCAUUGCCUUUGCCCACCCAGCCCCUUCAGUUAUUGUACAUGGGGGCAGUAGCACAGGAAGUGGCAUGACUGGCACUACUGGAGCCCAGGCUGCCUCAGUGAUUGCCUACACAGCUCCACCAAGACCCCCCAAGAAACGUGAAUACCCACCCCCUCCUCCCCAGCCAGCAGUAGCAGUGGUCACAGCCACUCCAUCUACUCCAGCCACAACUACAACGGGAGCCACUGCAGAAGAGACCAAGGGUAGGAAUCUGCGGGCAGGGAAGACUCUGACAUAUACAGCCAAACCAGCUGGUAGUGGGGGAGUGGGCCCUUCUGGGGGGCUCAGCUGGGGAGGAGACUCUUCCCAACCCCAACCCCCCCCACCACUAUGCCAGAUCACAGUUCGAAUAGGUGAGGAGGCUAUUGUCACUCGAAGAAUUUCUGAGACUGACCUCCACCCUGGAGAAGCUAGUGGCCUGGAGGAAGGAGAUGACAGUGAAGAUGAGGAAGAGGAGGAGGAGGAGGAGGAAGAGGAGGAAGAGGAGACUGAGGCUGGGAGUGAGGACCAAUUGUGGCGUCCAUACUAUUCCUACAAACCUAAACGAAAGUUGGUUGGCACUGGUGGGGGGAGUAGUGGGACCAACAGCAAUAGUGGGACCCCCAAGUGCCGCCGUCCUCGAUGGAGAAGGAAACUUGAGAGACGAGCAUGGGAGGAGUCCAGAUCUACUGAGAGCCCCUCUGGACAGUCCAGCAGCGAGUGGAAACAUCAGUGUGGAGACUGUGGCAAAGCUUUCUCAGCCUUGAGGAAGCUGCGCAAACACCAGGAAGCCCAUAGUGGUGGGGGGACCCAGGGACCUCGGGCUGGCCGGAAGCCUCUGACACGCUUUGCCUGUUCCCACUGUUCAAAGGUGUGUAAGACAGCAGCUGCCCUGAGUCGCCAUGGGCAGAGGCACAUCGGGGAGCAACCAGGGGGUACCCCCACUCCUGUUAUUGCCUAUUCUAAGAGCAGUGGAGGAAGUGGGACUGGGUCAGGACUGGGAUUAGGUGACAGUGGAGUGAAGGAAGAGGCCCCCCAGGAAAUGCAAGUGUCAUCAUCCAGUGGUGAGGCUGGUGGGGGAGGAGGAGUUGGUGGGGGAGGCCCAGAAGCCGCCUCCCUCCAGGAUCCUGUUAUCUCAGGAGGUGAGGAACCCCCAGCAGUGGGAAGUGGGGACUAUCCUCCAGUGCAAGAGUUCCCCCUGGCCCUGGUUGAAGAUAAACAGGAGGUUUUGGGUGGUGGGGAGAAGGUUGGAGCCGAAGGAUUGGUUGGGGGUAGUGUGGAGGAGACUGCAGCUGCCAAAGUCACUUUCUACCCUGAGCCCUACCCUUUGGUAUAUGGUCCUCAACUCCUUGCUGCCUACCCUUACAACUUUAGUAAUUUGGCUGCACUCCCAGUUGCCCUCAACAUGGUCCUGCCUGAUGAGAAGGGUGGUGGUGCCCUACCCUUCCUGCCUGGGGUCUUCAGCUAUGCUGUGAACCCUCGGGUAGCACCCCCCACACCCCCUCUCCCUCAAUCGAUGCCUUCACCAGUCCCCCCUAAGGGGGAUGGGGGUGGGGAAGGAAUUGAGAGGGCCCAGAAAGGAGAUGUGGGGUGAACUCAAUAUUUGGUUAGCCCCUUCCACCAGAUGCCACCCUUGCAAGCUUUCUACCCAACCUCUUUCCUGCUGCUUCUGCCCCACUGCCCCCAGCCUGUCCUCUGACUCCCCUGGAGAUCUCAAGUAGUGUGAUAUAACUGCUAAUUUGAGAGGAACACAGGGAAGAGUCCUGAGAUCUCUUGGGUUGAGGCCAAUUUGGGGUUUAUAGCACCUUUCCUACUUUGUGGGAAGUGACAGUUGGUGGGUCUUGCCAUUUUGUUUUCUCUUCCCCAAAUCCCCCCUACUCCUUUCACCAUGAUCAACCCAGGGUGGUCCCUAAGAGAAAGGUAUCUUGCUGUAUCAAUGUAGUUACCUAGAUUCCCAGCCCCUGGAGCAACAUAGAUACAUGUGGGUGUAUACACAUGCAUAUAUAUAUAUAUAUAUAUAUAUAUAUACACACACACACACACACACACACACAUAUAUAUAUAUAUAUAUGCACACAUUCAUAUAAAUGUGUAUGUGUGUAUAUAUUCCCCCUCAGAAAUGCCACUUGUGGUUACUAGAUCUAGGGGAUACCACCUCUCACCCUGUAACCUGCCUUCCCUCUACUGUUUCCUUCCUACCACUCCAAAAAAACCUUUUCCCAGCACAUUCCAUAGGAACCCCUUUUCCCCCAGUACAGCUGACAGGGUAGUAUGGCCCAGUGCCAGAACUAAACCAUUGUAAUACCCACCACCUGCACACCCAAGGACCUUCUGAAACAACACCUGUGCUGCUGGGGAAUGUUCUCUCCCUGUCCAGAGCAAUAGUCGUGGUCUUCUUUCCCCCAGACUCAAUGUUGGUCAUCCCUAGACUCUUUCAAGUGAAAAGGAUUGGUUGCUGGUUGGGCCAUGUAGGAGGCUCUUUCUCUGCUCAGCCAGAUGUGGGGGAUAACAAAAAUCACCUCCAUUUUUUUAAAGUGAUAGUUUCACUCAUACCAGAUCAAAUAGCCAGGAAAACUAUUGGAGUAGGGUUUGGAAAUGGGAGGUACUAAAAUUUGCACAUGCCGUCCCACCCUUUCAGCAGCUCCAUUUCACCCAAUGUCAUAUCCACAAGCACUCUGGUAUGGAUUCAAGUGGAACUGUCUUAAUCCCCAGGUUGAGUUUUAGAGAACCCCAUCAACUCCCCUAUUCAGGAGGUCCCUUUCCAUCUAAGAAAGCACCUUACCCAGUUCCCCAUGCCCCAAAAUCUCUCAUAAGGGAUGGGGAACAAGGGACCCCAAAUAGCCCCCAAGUCUCUAAUUUGCACUAGUGAUACCCCAUGAAGGGGUGCCCCAUUUUCUCCCAGUAGGGAAAAUGCAAACUAUUCCCCAAUCCCUUGAGUCCAUGAAAAAUAAUCUGCUCCUAAUCUCAGCUCCUUGCUGAAAGCACUGGAGCUAAAACCUUGUUUCUAUUCACUUUUCAAAUUGGGCCUCCUCCUGUCAAAGAUUAGAUGAAAGAUUACUUCCCCUAUCCUUGUCUAAAUGAAAACAUAACCCAGAGAGUCAGGUAGAGGGAAAGUUUGAUGGGUGGGAAGUAAUUUGAAAAGCGCAAAAGCUGCUUUCUGCUUAAAAUGGCAGAUUUUCUCCCAGCCACCAAUAAUCAGUCUGGAGUCAAGAUAAACUUCAGCAUGUUCUACUGCUGAAGCCAAGGUAAUGGCUCCUGGGGCCAGGUGGAUUUGGAGUAUAGGGAUUAUUCCCCCAGUUCCCAUACUGCUUGUUAUUCCCCCACAAGCAAAACAAUCAAGGGCAGUGGGGGUGGGAGAGAAAGCCUGCCUCACUCCCUGUACAUUAAGGAGGAGUUUCAUUCCUCUCUCUGUCCUCCCUCUCUCUUUGCACUUUUUUUGGCUUGGCCAAAACCCAAGUAAAGAGUUUCCUACUGAAUGUACCAAGUCCCAGUGUUUAAGGAAAAAAAUUAAAAUAUAGGAACAUUCCCCUCCCCCCAAAAAAGAUCUUGUUUCUGGCACUUUAGAGAAAAACUUUGGGAAAAGACAUAAAAAUAUAUAUCUACACACAAAUAUGCAUAUAUGUAUAUGUAUAUAAACACGUGUGUGUAUAUAUAGCUAUAUAGCAGAACCACAAAAGAGACUGGAGGCAGGGAGUAGAUGCACUAAGGACCUCCCUUUACCUUUACCCUCCCCUCCAGAGAAUAAGGAAGAAAGAAAAGGAGAGCUGAGAACUCCUGAGAAAUGAUCAGAUAAUUUUUAUUUCUAAAUAGAUUGACAUUCCAAACAAAUUCUGGAAGAGAAGUCCAGGAACUUGAAGAUUUGGCAAUGUUGAUAUUUGGAAAAAUCCAGAUUCUAAGAUUUGGAAGCUUUGACUAAAUUAAGAUUGUAGGAAAUUGAAAGGGCUUUCUUUUAGAUUGGGGCAUUUUGUGAUUGUGGAAAUACCAGAUAUUGGAAAUCUGAGAUUGAGAAUGAUUGUGAUCUGUUGUGCCAAGCCCUUUCACUCCCUUACUAAGAGGGAAGCCAUUGUAGUGAAGAGGGGGAAGGCUUUUGGAUCAGUGCUGCAAAGAGAAAGGAAAGAUUUAAGAUAAUACAACCUUUUUAGCUUUAUAUUUUUAAGGAAACAGACUUAGAAAAACAUUAUAUUUAUCUCUCCACAUCUGUGUGUGUCCAACUCUCUACCUUCUAGGUCAAUAAACUGAGACAAAUGGACUGUGCUCUGCA